CUGAGGAAAUUUGUCAGUUUAUAGGGGCGAAAGAGAAACAUCUGACAAACUUCAUUGCCUUCACUGUAUAGUUCUUCAUCACUCAAGCAACAAGCACGGUCGUAGUCAUAAUAAUAGCUGCAAUGCUGCUAGUUCAGUGAGUUUAGCCUCUAUUUUUAUAUUUUUGUUUUUGGAGUGGUUGAGUGAAAGCAAAUCGAUCAUCAUUUUCAUGGAUUACGAAAGAAUCCAAAAGCCUCAGAGCGGAGGUGGAUUUUCCCCAGCUAAGCUAAGGACUAUGCUAUUAGGAGUAGAAAAGAAAAGAAAGCAACAACAAGAAGAAGAAGAAGAAGAAGAACAAGUUGAAUCUUCAAUAGAUUUAAGAUCUCAACUUUCUCACCUUGAUGAUGAUUCAGGGAAAAGUGGUUCUGAUAGUUGCAAAGAUGUAGAUGUGGUGAGUGUUCUUCCAGAAUGUUCCACUUCCACAACAGUAGAUUCCAUGGCUGCUUUGCAGAAUGAUAGCAACCGAAGAUCAAAGGAUCAUUCUUUAGGCACUACGCGGAACCAGUUCAUCGAGGAUCAUUCUGGUUUAGAUUAUGAUAGCGGACAUGACAAUAUGAGUGUGUCCACAUCAAUCUUUGAGUUUCAGAAGAACGAACGGGCGCCACAAAGGGUUCCCCUUGGUCCGUUUUCUAAGCCAGCUCCAUCUAAAUGGGAUGAUGCCCAGAAAUGGAUAGCUAGUCCUACUGCGAAUCGGCCAAAAGCGGGGCAGGCUGGCCCAGGGGUGGGAUCAAGAAAAGGGGGUAAUGUUGGUUAUGGGGGACAGUCGUCUACUAAGGUGGUUGUUGAAAUUCCAGAUCAAAGGAUGGUUCCUUUUGAAGAACCGGAUACAAAACGGAUUGAUAUGAAUCAUGCCAAGAAAGAUGAUGGGAUGCAGAAGUUUGUGAAUUGGGAAAGUGAUUCAUACCCGAUUGUGGAUUCAUAUGGGAGUGUAACCCCCAGACCGAUGCGGCCUUAG